AUGCCUCCCCGACCCUUCCCCGAUGAUAUGGAUUUGACGAAGCAGGGUGUGGAGAUCCCUGGGAGUGCUCGACCUGGAUGGAGUGGUGUUUGGAGAAACGGUAUCUGGGACCGGUCAGUCCUGUACGGCCCUGACGAGCCCAAGUCCCUCUUUGAGCUUUUUGAACAGUCCGUCGCUCGUCACCCCGACCGCAACUUAUUCGUGCAGCGCGAAAUCAUCCCUACCGGAGUCGUCAAGCCCGUCGGUACUAUCGAGUACAGCACCAGCCUAAAGUCUACCACAUACGCAGCCGUCCAGGCCCGCCGUAACAACCUCGGUUCCGCGCUGCUCGCGCUGGAGCGGGAGGGCCGAUUGGGCGGACGCGAAGGCACCGCCGCGGGCGUGUUGCCCGCUGAGAUCACGCACCCUCACAUCCCGCAUUAUGGGACGCACAACCGCCGGAAGGUGGGCGCGAGGCGAGGAUGGGCGGUCGGUGUCUGGAGCAAGAACAGGGAGGAAUGGCAGGUCGUCGACCUGGCGUGUCAUGCGUACGGGCUGGUCGGGGUGAGUCUGUACGAGACCCUCGGUCCGGACGUCGCCAAGUACAUCACCAACCACUGCCCGCUCUCGAUUGUCUUUGCGGCGACCAACCACUUGGCCGAUAUGCUCCAGAUUGCCAAGGCUUGCCCCACGCUCCGGGUCAUUGUCAGUAUGGACCCCAUGACCCCGACGGAGAUGUCGGUUCUGCAGGCUUGGGCGAGCAGCGUCGACGUCGAGCUACUCACUCUGGCCGAUAUGGAGGUUUGGGGCGCGCAGCAGGGGAUCUGGACCGAGCCGGGACCGCUGGCCGGCGAGGAGGAGCUCGACAUGAAGCGUGUCAUCACUAUCAGUUACACCAGUGGAACUACCGGCGACCCGAAGGGUGUCGUCCUCACGAGCGAGAACUUGGCGCUUACUGCCGUCUCGAACGCCAUGGGCGCGACCGAGAUGAUGCGGAAAGGCGACGAGUGGCGAUACCUCUCCUACCUCCCGCUCAGUCACAUUUACGAGCGAUUCAUGCAGAUGCUGGUCUGGUACGGUGACGGUACUGUCUGCCUGACGACCGGCGACCCUGCUCGUCUGCUCGAGGACGCCCAGAUCCUCAAGCCGCACGUUAUGGCCGGUGUGCCGAGGGUAUGGAAUCGGAUCCACGCGGCGGUCAAGACGCAAAUGGCAGCUGGAGGUCUCAAGGGCGCACUGCUCACCAAGGCGGUCAACACCAAGCUCGAGAAUUGGCGGACCAAGGGCGAGGUCAAGCACGCAGUAUACGAUGCGCUCGUCUUCCGCAAGAUCCGUAACCUCCUCGGCGGGAACUUGCAAUACUGCUCUUCUGGGGCGGCACCGCUCUCGGGCGAAGUACACGAGAUGCUCAAGAUUGCGUUCGCUUGCGAUGUGAUCCAGGGUUUCGGUAUGACCGAGUCUUGCGGGACUGGAACCAAGGGUGUACCAUGGGACAUUACCGCCACCGGGACUUGCGGGCAGAUCCAGCCUGUCAACGAUGUCUGCUUGAUGGAUGUACCAGAGAUGGGCUACACCAGCAAAGACUCCCCCAACCCUCGUGGAGAGCUGUGCAUGCGGGGCGCAAACAUCUUUGUCGGUUAUCUUCACGAUGAAGUCAACACGGCCAAGACGAUCGACCCGGACGGAUGGAUGCACACCGGAGACGUCGCGGAGAUCGACUCUUGUGGUCGUCUGAAGAUCGUCGACCGUAUCAAGAAUGUCGUCAAGCUCAGUCAGGGCGAGUACGUCGCGCUCGAGAAGCUCGAAGGAAUGUACGCUCUUGACCCGACCUUUGCCUCUUUGCUCGUACACGGCGACUCCUCACGUUCGUCCCUCGUCGCUAUCGGCGUGCUCGACCCCGAGCGCGCUGCGGGGCUCGUCUCUGCUAUCCUCGGGACCAAGAUCACCGCUGGUGACGUGGCGGGCUUGGAGACUGCGGUGCAGCACCCGAAGGUCAAGGCGGCUGUGCUUGGUAAUUUGGCCAAGACAUCCAAGAAGUACAAGCUCAACGGAUUCGAGAUGGUCAAGGGUGUUCACUUGACUAUUCAGCCAUUCGCGGAGGAGGUACUCACCCCCACGCUCAAGGUUAAGCGCAACAUCGCGGCCAAGAGGUACAAGAAGGAGAUUGACGCGGCGUAUGUCGAGUCGGAAGCUGCCGAGGCGGGAGGCAAGACCAAGAUCGUCCUUUGA